CCCGCCUCCGAGCGCAGCGGCCCCAGCUCAGAGCCCCGAGCCAGCCCGGGUAGUGGGCGGGUGGCCCGCGGGUCUCGGGUUGCGGAAGGAGGGCGCCCCGCCACCUGCCGCCCGUCCCCAUCCCCCCCGCCCCGCACGCAGAGAGCGCCCGGGAGCGGACACAUUCCUCGUGCGCCCCGCGGAGCCGGGACCGUCGGGGCCGCGGCGCUCGGAGCUGACACUUGUCCCUCCCGGCCCGCCGGAUCUGAGGCGCUGCAGCCCGUGGUAGCCUGGGCGCCUGAGCCGGAGGAAAGCCGGGACAGCCGCGCCCGGCAGAGGCUUCGGACCCGCGCCCGGAGCGCCAUGGCUGCGAAGCUGCUGCUUCUCCUCUGCCUGUUCUCGGGCUUACACGCUCGGUCCAGGAGGGUGGAGGAGGAUGAAAGUGAAGACUCUCCGUCAAACCAGAAGUGGGUCUUGGCGCCCCGAUCCCAGGACACUGACGUGACGCUGAUUCUCAACAAAUUGCUGAGAGAAUAUGACAAAAAGCUGCGGCCGGACAUUGGAAUAAAGCCGACUGUGAUCGAUGUGGACAUUUAUGUGAACAGCAUAGGUCCUGUGUCAUCCAUAAACAUGGAAUACCAAAUUGAUAUCUUUUUUGCUCAGACCUGGACAGACAGCCGCCUUCGAUUCAACAGCACCAUGAAAAUCCUCACUCUGAAUAGCAACAUGGUUGGCCUGAUAUGGAUCCCAGACACCAUCUUCCGAAACUCCAAGACCGCGGAGGCUCAUUGGAUCACCACACCCAACCAGCUCCUCAGAAUCUGGAAUGAUGGGAAAAUCCUGUACACGUUACGGCUCACCAUCAAUGCAGAGUGCCAGCUGCAGCUGCACAACUUCCCCAUGGAUGCACACGCCUGCCCUCUGACCUUCUCUAGCUAUGGCUACCCCAAAGAAGAGAUGGUGUACCGCUGGAGGAAGAACUCGGUGGAGGCAGCAGACCAGAAGUCAUGGCGGCUCUAUCAGUUCGACUUCAUGGGCCUCAGAAACACCACGGAAAUCGUGACAACGUCUGCAGGUGACUAUGUUGUCAUGACGAUCUACUUUGAACUGAGUCGAAGAAUGGGCUACUUCACCAUCCAGACGUAUAUCCCCUGCAUCCUGACUGUGGUUCUGUCCUGGGUGUCAUUUUGGAUCAAAAAAGAUGCGACACCAGCAAGGACCACGUUAGGCAUCACCACAGUGCUCACUAUGACCACGCUCAGCACCAUUGCCAGGAAGUCUCUUCCUCGGGUAUCCUAUGUCACCGCCAUGGACCUCUUUGUCACCGUGUGCUUCCUGUUCGUCUUUGCCGCCCUGAUGGAGUACGCCACCCUCAACUACUACUCCAGCUGUCGAAAGCCAGCCGUCAGGAAGAAGAAGGCAUCGUUAUUGCAUCCAGAUUCCACGAGAUGGAUUCCUGACCGAUUAAGCCUACAAGCACCCUCUAACUAUUCCCUCCUGGACAUGAGGCCUCCGCCACCAGUGAUGGUCACGCUAAACAAUUCCCUGUACUGGCAGGAGUUCGAGGACACCUGCGUCUAUGAGUGUCUAGACGGCAAGGACUGCCAGAGCUUCUUCUGCUGCUACGAGGAGUGCAAGUCGGGCUCGUGGAGGAGAGGGCGUAUCCACAUCGACGUCUCAGAACUGGACUCCUACUCCCGAGUCUUCUUCCCCACGUCCUUCCUGCUCUUCAACCUGGUCUAUUGGGUGGGAUACCUGUAUCUUUAAGUGCUGCUCUGAGGAUGACUGGAGAGUACUUGAUUUACUUGUUUCCCUUCCGCCACCCCCAGACAUGUAGUGACCAACCAAAACGUAGCAGGGAAGACACUACUCAAGUUUGUUAUGUUACCCUUUAGCAGCAUGGGAGGUACUCAGAAAGUAUUCUUUAUAAAUAUUUCACUCACAGACACUCACAUGUGCACACAUGCACACACACACACACACACACACACACACACACACACACACAGCAAUUGCAUUCUAAAGUGAUAUUCUUGCUAAUCCCCUCUUUGACCUGUAGUCUGAUAUGUAUGAAUGGCCUUGGAUAUUAGAAGCUGCCAGUUACCAUGCAAAGACCCCUGUAAGACAUGCAAACGAAUAUCCAGAGGUCCCCUCAGGCCCUCACCCUUGUGUAUCUGCCCAUUGUGUUCCUUGGCACCAGAGCCUGGGUGUACAACAUCUCCCUCACUGGAGAUGCAUCCGUGCCGACCUCACUCCAAGAUCCAGCUUGAACCGCAGUCAGCUUCGGUCUCUUCGGUGAGGUGUCUGCUCAGGCGCUGCUGUGCCUAGCUAGCGACCCUCCUCCUAGCACCCUUCCUUCCUGCCUGGGAGGUGCUCAUAUGUAUCAGCCCCAAGUUUCCAUCUGUGGGGGAAAAAAAAUGUGUCUUUUAAAACUUGUUGCUGAGAUCACAACUGCUGUUUGUCUCUAAUCUCACAACGUAGUAACUUUAUUACUUUAUUAUAUCAGCUGUGUUUGGAUACUGGGCUCCUGGACCAGUCGCAUUUCACGUCGGCGUUUCUGUAAGAGCUGUAUUUGACAGGACCAAGUCUCAAUCUCGGGGUUCAGUAACUGUCUUCAUCCUGCAAACAAAGACAAGCAACAUGGACAGGCCUUUGUUUUGAACCUGUAUUCCAGAGUGUGAAGUAAUGUAGACGAGAAUUUAAUCGUGAGCAUUAACUAUUCAAGCCAAACCAACUUUAGAUGCAAAAAAAAAAAUGGGUAAUGGUUAUCUUGAAUUACACAUUUUGAUGAGCAAAAAUGAUUUUAUACUUUGAAAUAUGGAUACAUAGCAAAAUCCCAAAGAAUGUCCUCCCCCCAAAUCAAUUCUCUUUUGAUAUUUUUGUAACACAAAACAUUUUGCUUCUUGGUAUUAGUUCUUUGCUAUGACUGGAGGCUCUUCAGGUCUGUGACCCUUUUAAAAUGUCCCUUGGCACUCUUGAGCGACAUCUCAGCGUGAUGGCAGCGUUCACUGUAGAAUCCCUAUGUACUUUGCUCCCACAAAACUGAACUAAUUUUAUUGAGAGUCACUCAGUUUCAGUUUCUAUUAUACAUGCUGUCUGAUGACUUAGAAAAGGCAAAGCAUUGACGGGGAAACUGAAACUAUGUAUUUUUGCUAAUUCUUUCUAAAAUGUUGCACAUGAUAGUUACUACAGAAGGCUCCAGACAGUUGACCUUUAGCUAGAAAAUUUAACUUAAAACUUAAUAAACACCUGUGGAGAAGAAGCUGAAGAUGAGGGCUUACAUGGAAUUUCUCCUCCUUUGGGGGGAGUUUUGCAUACAGUGAGCUACUGUCUCUGAAACACCACCUUUGGCAGGCCAGCUCUGGAAGUGCCCACAGUACUGAAGGCCAAGGCAAAGCAACACAUGCAACACUGAGUUUAGAAUUCCUAGUAAGAAUUUUAAAGCCGGCUGGUGGUGGCACACGCCUUUAAUCCCAGCACUUGGGAGGCAGAGGCAGGCGGAUCUCUGUGAGUUCGAGGCCAGCCUGGUCUAGAGAGCUAGUUCCAGGACAAGCUCCAAAGCCACAGAGAAACCCUGUCUCCAAAAACAAAAACAAACAAAAAAAUAAUUUUAACCUGUUACAUUUCAAAAGUUCUGGAGAAAACUGAACUUUCUAGUAAUUUUUUUUCUCAAUAAUUAUAACCUACAAGGAUUUACUGUGGCAGAACUGACUCCCUGCUAUCUUAGGACAACUCUGAAAGUUGCCUCUUCUCUCAAAACUUGUCAACAUUUAGACUUUUCCAUGUAAGACUUACAUACCCGUAGCCAGUCAUCAUCUCCUGCCCAACCUUGGUGAUGCUGUUCGAAACACCGAAAAAGCCAGCCCAUGACCAGGAGCAUGCCAAAGCCUGUUUCUCAGUAAAAUCCAAUCAUCCAUGUCAGCUCGAAUUUCCAGGAUAAAUCAUUCUACUGCAUGGAACAGGGGAGAUGCUUGCCCAUUGCUCGAGGCAAAGUGGGGAGCUUUCAGACAUGAACUCCGCGGAGAGUCUGGUACACCUGGAGGAGGGUAAACAGUGUUCUUCUCUGCAGACACCAGCUCUCCUCCUUGAUUAAGAGAGACCUGUGUACAGCUCCCGAGCUCAAGCCUGCUCUAGUCUGCCCCACCCCUCCAUUUCUUUUGCCUGUUGAGCUGUGGAACGCUUGGCCAGUGGUCUGAACAACCUGCCUUUCAAAGGUGCUACCGCAUCCCUUACUCCUAGAAGCACUCCAAAUGAGUAGGCUCUGUCUGAGCAAAGACUCCAGCUUUCCGACCACUGUGGAUCAUACUGAAAACUGUGACCGUCUGUCCUUUAAAGUACGUCCUGGUUGAUGGAGAGAAAACUAAAAAAGUAUUUUCCAUACUAGGGGAAUGAAAGCCAAAUGUCUCUUCAAAGCCUGGACAGUUUCACCAUGGGUGUCCCAGAUGCAGGGUAGAGGACAGUGUUAAUAAAUUUACCCUAGACCCAGCCAACACUGCCCCCAAUUUACCCAACAUAUGCCUUAAAAUAAAAUGUAUAGUCCCCCCCCAAUGUUUCCAUUUUCCAGAAGUUUCCAUUUCCUACAGUAACCCGUAAUUCAUAUUCAAUUUUACUGCUAUUUUUAGUGCAUGAAUGAAAAUGGGAGGUCCUUUUUCAUAUGACAACCAGGCAUGUUCAUGUUCGCAUCAACUGAGUUCAUUGCAGACUGUUACAGGUUCUUCAUACAUGAAAACGCUUGUCCUUAACCUCAAACCGUUCCAUGUGGGAACCUGAGGGUAAACGUCCACAGAACGGCCGUGGUCCAGGCUGUUUGGCCUGGUAAUAAGCUGCUGCCGAGAAACACGAUUAGAUGUGUGUUACAGCUCUACACAGUGCCACAUCUGGAAAGAAUGGAAGCAAGGGACCAGUCAUCCCAGAUCACAAUCACAGCUAGGAAGCAGUGGUCCACUCUAUCCAAAGGGCUAGAAAACAAGACGAACAACACCUCUGCCUCCUUGGUCACUUCUGUCUCGGAUACCAAACUGAAAAUUGUAUUUGACACUUGAAGAACUGCAGCUGGUCCCCAGAUACUGUAGUUUCCUUCUGUCAGUUCAGUGCCCGCGAGGCACCGAGCAUCUUGAAUCUGCUUGUGGGUUGGCAACUGUUUUUGAGUAUUUUUUUUUCCUCUUAGAAUUCAAAAACAUACAAGUUUCCAUAUUAAAAUAGCAGAGACUGGAGAAAAACAUAGUCUAUAACUAAGCAAGCAUUGAAAUGUUGACUUCCAUUUAUACUGCUAGAUUGUUGAUUUGGAGCGUGAUAACACACUUAUGGAAAGGUGUUUGGGAAUGGGAAAAGAAGAACCGGAUUGCUAACACACAGCAAGGGUCUUGUUCACAAUUUUCCCUGAGUUCCCUUCCAGUGACUGCCACAAGUGGCCCAUAGUAAACACUGGGUCUAAGGGUGUGCAGUACCAGGAUAAGCAUGGCCUAAGAACCGAAUGCUCAUGAAGCAGGCAAGAUGAACUAUUCCAUCUCUGAUCCCUCACUGUCUUACCUUCCAUCGUAAACAUGGAGUCUAACAGGAUACAGAGAAGGAAAGAAAGACCCGUGACUUACGAUGUUAUGGUAACACAGUCAUCAGUCCCAGAAUAAGAACUUGUUUUGUCUUUUAAAUAGUUUAUGGCUUUGAAGCCUUAAAGUUAGAAUGUUUCUGCUUCCCUCUUUUAAGAUGUCUUCAGCUUAUAAAAUAAUAACCCCAUGAUAAAAGCUUGAGCUAAUUCUAUGAAGGUUAAAAGAGAAGAUGGUUCUGCUUAUUUGCUUCCAAGGUGUCUUUUAGUAGAAUGAUUCUUUGGUUCUAAUCUUCCCAGUAAGACUUUUAAACCUCUUUGUUACCUUUCCUGCAAUAAAAUCCCAGCCUUAAACCAUCUUACAUAAAUCAGUGCGAAAAUCUGAAUUGAACUCUUAUUGGUUAUUAAAAAGUUUCCAUGCUUUGAAUUAACCAGGUGUCUCUAGAUAAUGUUAUAUAAGCUAGUAAAUAAUUAAACACACACACUCCACACCCAGAUAAGGAAAGUUUGGAUGUUGUUUUGGCUAGAAGCUAAAGCAAAAGGGAGCUACAAAAGGUUAAGUUUGGUAAUUGAGGCAAAUGUAAAUGCUUUGCUUGGUCUAGUCAAUUAAGACCACAGUUAAGACUACUUUAUCCCUUAACUCUUCACAGCUGUAAACAGUGCAGGGCUCUCCUGGCCCAAAGAACAGGCUGCAGGGGGUGAGUCAACAAUGGUUACUGUGGGGAGGAAAGACCUGUCUGUCUGCUCUGUAGUUUAAGCUGAGCAGAUUAGGGUUGGGGUUAGGGGGGGAGAUUGACUUUCAACAACUAAACCUCUCAAACUGAGCUGGUCCCUGCUUUGUUUUGUUCUUUUCUAAAUAUUUAAAGAUGCUUCUUUCUACCUUUGCCAAAAAGUGCAGUCUGCCUUUUGCAUCCAUGUAUUAUGAAUCUGUGAUUUCAACCACCGUCAAGAAUGUCCAACCCUAGCAUAGCUCCUGGUCAUUAUUACUGGCAUAGAAUUGUCUUUGGCAGUGUAAGCCAUCUCAUGGUGAUUGAACGGGUGGGGAAGAAUUGCUUAGUGUCUGUGCAUACAAUGUACCACGACAUUCAAGGGACUUGUGUAACUGAGGGUUCUCUUAUCCUGAGGGUUCCCGGGACAAGCCCCCUACAAAUUUGGGGGAAUGACUGUAGUAUUUAUAUUUCCUAUAACAGGCUGAGAGCCAGAUAUCUCCUGGUUGCCCUGCCCACUGAAGUACCUUCUCAGUAAAUGUAGCAAAGCCAAUGCUCAUUUUCUUAAAUAUGCAUUUCUUAGAUCAGGUGCUUACAGCAUGGCUCUUUCAGUUCCCCGAGUACCAUACAUCUCAAAAUUAUGAUAUUGUCAUUAGUUUCCAUUCAUAAAAGAAAGUUUCCUUUUACCACGGGUCAUUUUUUAAUACACAAGACUUUUAUAUAGUGAAUCCCAAAAUCACUUUAGGAAAAAAGACCUUUGACCCUAAGCUAUAGCUUUAUGAGCAUUGUGAGACUCGACGUGGAAGCCAGAAAAGGUCAUGCAUUGGCUGGAACAGAGGUGACAGGGGUCCACCUUCUGAUUUUCUCCCCAAACAGGCUGAGUUCUUAAUGUUGACAUCUGCCGCCUGGCAGAGUCAGGCGAGUCCUCCUGGCAAGGAUGAGCCUGAACCUACUAUACGAUCUCUCAGGACAUUUGGCUGGACAGGCACUCUUAAGCGUCCUUGUCAACUGUCAUGGGAGCCCAGACCAGCUUACAUCACUUUCUUAGACAUCGAGCCGGUGUCUUGGCUCACAGGAAUCUGUUGGGAAGAUCCUCCAGACUCACCCUUUAAAAGUCUUCCCACUGUGGGACUGGGGAUUGUCAGGGGCCAGGAGUGAGGGCUUUGCAACAAUUAAUAAUCACUACAACAGAUUUUUAUCAAGAAUUGUUCAGAUUUUCAACAGGAAAGAUUUUUUGUCAUUUUAUGUUUGUGUGAAGUCCCCCAAGACACAGAACCCCACAUUGGGAAGACCCGACUGCCCAACCCUCUGUCUAACCUUGACAGUCACAGAUGACAUUCAGUGAGCUGCUGGCCACAUCAUUGUAUCCUUCCGCUUUCAUAGUGGUCUGGCAAAUUAAAACUGAAGAUGAAGAAGAAAGAUAAGAAAUAAACAAAAUCUCCUUAAGAAACUGUCUCCAUGAUGAAAAACAGAAAAUGCGCAUAACUUUGAAGAGUGAACUUUCAUCUUGUCCAUCACUUACGCAGGAAGGGUGUGGCAUGAUUUCCACCGUCAUUCAUGUCCACAUCCUCACCUGUAAUUAUCAACGCAAUACAAAGAUUUAGUGUCUUCUCUACGCUAUCGCAGAAUUAGGCCAUAUAUCAAGAAAAAUGACGACGAGCGUUUCAAAAGUUUAAUUUUCAUCUUAGAUCAGAGUCCAGAUUUUUGCUCUUUCCUCAGAAGUCCCUCCACCCCCUCGUCGAGCAUCUCCCAGAGUGUGAGGCGUGCCUGCCACCUGGCCUUUCUUCCCUUGUCGCCUUCCUUCCUGUCAUUUUUGGUUGUUUCCUUCCAGAUAGCAUUUUAGUCGGCUAGGAAUGCUUUCUUUUUUCUCAUGCAGCGGCAUCUUUGGAAGCUGCCAGUUUUAUUGCCCAGAGAAACCACUACUCUGUCUCUUACCAUGUCGCUUGUGCCUAAGAGUUACUGUCCAGCAGUUCGUGUUGCCAUUUUCUUUAGCUAUGGUCACUUUAAAUACAUAGUAGUGACAUGUUUACUAUUGUUUUCUUCUUUUUGUCUCUGGCUUAGAGUAAUGAUGGGAAACACCCCCAAAGACUCCGUGGCCAAUUGUGCUAGUAAGCCACGUUUCCAUAGUGACAUGCUUGCGUAUAGAUACCGGUUGUCUUUACGAGCAGCACCUGGACUCAGCGAAGCUUUGCUUGUUUGUGUUUUCCGUGAAGGACUCUAGAAGUGUGGCGCUUUUCGGGUUCGCGGUGACGGGGGAAUCUUGUGUUUACAUGCAGUGGCGUGUGUUUCUGUGUUUGUGUGUACCGUGGUAAAACGGGACAAUUUAUUAAUGUGUGCGUUACUCUACCCGUCACCCCAAAUGUAGUUGAAACACAUAGGAGCACAGCUUCCUAGUGACCGCGUGUUAGCUUAGUGACCCUCUGGUUAAGGCAAACAGGAAAAGGGGGGAAGAAGAGGAAAGGGAAAGAGGGGCCCAGAUAGAGUAAGAGACAAUCAUUGUAUUUUCCCAAAAUAUGGGAUCAAAUACUUUAAAAAAAAAUCAAGAUGAGGUGCCUGACCAGAAGCCGAUGUGGAGAACGUAUUAAGCACCCCAGAGUUGCUUGGGUGCCUUUUUUUUUUGUUUGUUUGUUUUUUGUUGUUUUUUUUUGUGCACUGUGGCCAGGUUUCUCUGAUGGGGUGAAAGUCCUCCUCAAUAUUUAGAUGGUACACUGACAUUGGAGUGUUAUUUGAGAAGUCACGUAGUUGUUCACAGAUAAACCUAGGUAGGUUGGGAACUGGCUGAACCUUCAAAGCCUAGGUCUCAGCCGCAGAGUAUUCAGGGCCGUUCUGUGAAGUAAAACAUUCAUGGUUCUGGGCCAUGUCUCAGGCAAAAAGAUGCAGGGUCUACUCUGUCUCCUUGGAGCCCCUGCAGCCUGUGGAACCUACGGUGGGCUGAUCCCAGAAUCCCAUUGCAUUGCAACAUCAGUUCUGAGCAAGGGAUGAGUGUAGGAAAGUUCGGCUGUCCUGCCCAAGUGCUGGCCCCAUAAAAAGGUAGGGUCGGGGUCAGAGGAUGGCCCCUCACGAGUGGCUUUCAAGAGCCCCGGGUGCUCUGUUGUCCCCGAGAGUCAUCCUCUCCACCAGAAAACGUGAGUCCCUGUACCCUGCAUCUCGUGGUGUCCUAGUGAAGCGAGGGCGCCCUUGUGCCCAACGUGCCUUGGCAACCCCGGCGGCACCGCGCCCUGCCUUGCACGUCGCGACCCCGCCGAGCCCUCAGGGCCAAGCCCAGCCAGAAGCCAGCUGAGCCUCGUGGCUGGGUCGCCCUCUGUAUUUGUAUUUGGAUUCCUAUGUUUGUACUUCUGAUACAAAUAAAUGCACAUGUUGUCAGAA